AGUCCUCCCCGACCUCAAAGGGAUAUGAAAAGAAGGCAAAUCUCAUGAGUGCUUAUAAGGAAGGGGUACCUCUGGCGAAGUUACUUUUGGUAGAGGCUAAGUCCUUGCUAGAUGUAUCCAAGGAUAAGUGGAAAGGGAAGGUCCCUACAAUUGGUGAAUCCUCCAUGUGGGAUGAUGAAGAGAUGGCUUUAGCCAGUGUCCACAACUUUGUUUCGAGUGAGGAGAUGAGGGGCGCCUUUAAGCUAAGGGUUAUACAAUAG